UCCCACCUCCAGAUGGCGCUGUUGGUGUUGCCUUUGAGGAAAGAAGAGAAUCCGUGCGGGCGGAGCGCAGCAAACAAAACAAGGCACAUCCCGCAUAGCCUGGAAUGCGCAUGCGCAUAUUGUCUGAGCCCUUGGCAGUUUUGUGGUUCUCUACUCGAGACGAGGAAGGACAGUUACGCGGACGGUGCAAUUCCUCCCAAGGGACAAAGGUCAGGAAUCCAAGAGGCGCCAGACAGACAGACAGCCGGAGCAAAACCUCUCCAACUGCUUUUCACACCCUGAACCCGGCCACACGAACUUUGCAUCGUCCUGCGACGGGCUCAGCGUUGUACCAGUCGCCGCUGAUCCCUGCGUUUCGAAAACUGGACUUUCACCCCGUCCUGGGAAUAGCAGCAACAGAGGAAGAGCGGCUCUUGCAACUACAAGAUCAUGUGGGCCGGACGGCGCAUGGAGGAGCUUCCGAGUCCAGCUUUCAUUGUAGAUCUUGACGUGGCGAAGAGGAACACACAGCGGAUGAGGGAGCGCUGCUGGGAGCUUGGGGUGGCCCUCAGGCCUCACAUGAAGACCCACAAGACCCUGGAAGGCGCCCGCCUCAUGACCGGAGGCACCCAGCGCAAGAUGGUGGUCUCCACGUUGGCCGAGGCCCGGCUCUUCGCAGAUGGAGGCUUCGACGACAUCCUCUAUGCUUACCCACUGCCCUUCGACAAGGUGGAAGAGUGUGCCAUCUUGGCCGAAAGGCUAGACGCUUUCCACGUUCUGGUGGACAGCCCCGAAGCCCUGGCGCUCCUGAAGGAGAGACCGCUGGGCAAGGACAAGCGAUGGAAAGUGUGGCUGAAAAUAGACUGCGAAAAUAACCGAGCCGGCUUGAGACAUGAUGACCCAGCUGCCCUUGAGCUGGCCAAGGCGAUUGCGGAGGGGACCACGGAGCUUUCCGGAAUAUAUGCCCAUUGUGGCAACUCAUACAGCUGCCAAGGGGUGCCCGAAAUACAGUCGGUCGCUCGGGCCACCACUGUACUGACCCUGAAGUUCAUGGACAAACUGAAGGAGGCCAGUGUGGCGUGUGACGUGAGCAGCAUUGGCUCCACUCCUUCCUGCAGCCGUCCUGUGCCAGAGAUGGCCAAACUCACUGAAGUUCACCCUGGGAACUAUAUCUUCUAUGAUGUCCAGCAGAUGAUGAUUGGGUCUUGCCAACUAGAGGACAUUGCCGUCCGAGUCUUGACCAGAGUGAUUGGCCACUACCCACAUCGCAACCAGAUGCUGGUGGACUGUGGCUGGACCGGCUUGAGUCUCCACAGCCUGGGCCAGUUGCCAACAGGCUAUGCUCUUGUGGAAGGCCAUGCUGACCUCAGGUUAGUGAGCAUGACCCAGGAGCAUGGGCGGAUUGAAUCCACCACUGGGAAACUGGAUUUUGCCAAAUUUCCCCGGGGCAGCCUCCUUCGCCUUAUUCCUUAUCAUGCCUGCGCAACGGCUGCAAUGCACCCCAUUUACUAUGUCCACAGCCAGGGCCACGUGGUUGAGACAUGGAAGCCCGUUCGGGGCUGGUAGGAGGAGGGCAAGGAAAAUCCACAAGAGGACAGCAUGGCCAGGCUUUCUGAAGAAUGAGGGACAAUCGCAUCUCAACGCUCUCAAAGUCUGAGCAGCAAUUUCAACACCAGCCCUCUGAAGAAAUUAUUCCUUUUGUUAAGUUGUGUUGACCCUCACACUUCUCUCGUGUCUCUUCUGAAUGGCUACACAAAAUGGGUGUCCGGCAGCGUGUGUAUUCAGUUGUCUGGAAACAAAUUCUAAUCCUAGUUGGUUACAGGCCUCCUUGGACGUGUUGUUAUCCUUGAUUCUCAUCCUUUCCUCGGAGGUUAGCAUCGCAUUUCUGAAAAGAGAGAAACUUGCUUUAGGACAAGGAUGAG